CCCCUAUUUCCCCACUCCUUUGACCUUUCACCAUCAAAAUUUAUUUUAUCUAUAUUAGAAAAAGUCUGAUUCAGACAAAAGAUUUCCACCCCUGCAUAACAAUAAAAUGAGUUAAAAAGAUGGAUUCUAAUGUUUUUUCUGUAUUACAUUAAAAUUUUUGUGAUUAAUUUAAAGUUAUACAUUUACAAGUAUUUUUAAAAGAAGUAAAAUUUUCAUAAAGUAUGUUUUUGAGGUUAAUCAUAAUUUCUUAAAAAUAAUAUUUCACAAAAUAUCUUUGGGAAAUGGAUGAUAGCAUUAAUGCCCCUUAUACACAAGCUACUAGGCCAAAUUUUGUUUGUUAAUCUUUACCCCAUCCCAAGAUAUGAUAUGAAAAUACCUCUCUAUUAUUUUCUUUUAGAUAUAUUAUGUUUUUAUAUGAUGACUCUUCUUAAACACUUAACCAAGUUUAUUUUAAACAUAUAAAUGUUGUACAAUUUUAAUAAUUAUACAACAUUUAUACUGUAUGAUAAUAAAAUUAUAAUCACUAAAGUACAAAGAUGAAAACAUUAUUAGCUAUUCAACUAAGUGAAUCAAAUGCCCUGUAUUUUGGUUCAAAUCUAUUUUUUUUAAAUCUAAACCCCCUACAAUUUGGCAACAUUUUUGGUUUAUAGCGAUUAGAAAAUAUUCAGUUAGAUAAAAGAAAUGUAGUUAAUCAGUUCAUAGUUUUAAUAAAAAUGCAAACUAUUGUAAGAUGAAUAAAAUUACUUUUGAAUGUUUUACUAGAUCCAGAUGACUAUUUAUAAUCUUUAUAUAUUUGAUAAAAAUGGUAUGUGCAUUUUUUAUCGCGAAUGGAAUAGAAAAAGGCAGUUUGGUAUGGCAAGAGAUGAAGAAUUCAAAUUGAUGUAUGGUAUGAUCUUUUCUAUCAAGUCUUUUGUUGCUAAAAUAUCACCAAAUGAUUGUAAAGAUGGUUUCUUGAAUUUUCGUACAAGCAAGUAUAAAUUAAACUUUUAUGAAACACCUUCCGGAUUGAAAUUUGUAUUGAACACCGACGUUGCCGCGGGAAAUGUUCGAGAAUUACUGCACGAGUUAUAUCGUCAGAUUUAUGUUGAAUAUGUAAUAAAAAAUCCAGAAUCGCAGUUUGGUCAACCCAUUACAAGUGAAUUAUUCUGCGAACGUUUAGAUGACUUCAUAAAAAAUUCUCCUAUGUUUAGUACAAGGGUAAUGUAAUGAUAUGUAAUCUUAUAACAUUUGUAUAUACAUAAAUAC